AUGUCGGGACAGUCUUUGACGGACCGGAUCGCCGCCGCGCAGCACAGCAUGACCGGGUCUGCCAUCAGCAAAGCCGUCUGCAAGGCCACGACGCACGAAGUCAGCGGACCCAAGAAGAAGCACCUUGACUACCUGAUCCACUGCACCAAUGAGAUGAACGUCAGCAUCCCUCACCUGGCAGACACACUGCUGGAGCGUACAGCCAGCAACAGCUGGAUAGUGGUUUUCAAAGCGCUCAUCACCACACACCACCUCAUGAUGUACGGCAACGAGAGAUUGAUGCAGUACCUUGCCUCCAGAAACACGCUCUUCAACCUCAACAACUUUUUAGAUAAGGCUGCACUACAAGGGUAUAACAUGUCCACUUUCAUCAGACGCUACAGUCGCUACCUGAAUGAAAAAGCCAUGUCUUAUAGACUAGCAGCGGUGGACUUCACCAAGAUGAAGAGAGGGGCUGACGGAGUGAUGCGCACCAUGAACACAGAGAAGCUGAUUAAGACUCUGCCUGUCAUUCAGAACCAGCUGGAUGCGCUGCUGGAUUUCCAGCCUAACUCCAACGAGCUGACAAAUGGGGUGAUCAACACUGCUUUCAUGUUGCUCUUUAAAGACUCCAUACGGUUGUUUGCUGCUUACAAUGAAGGGGUCAUCAACAUGCUGGAAAAAUACUUUGACAUGAAGAAGAACCAGUGUAAAGAAGCUUUGGAGAUCUACAAGACCUUCCUCAACAGGAUGACCAAACUGUCCGAGUUUCUCAAAGUGGCAGAGCGAGUUGGGAUAGAUCAGGGCGACAGCCCCGAUCUCACACAGGCUCCCAGCUCUCUCCUGGAGGCUCUGGAGCAGCAUCUAGCCUCGCUGGAGGGCAGGAAGCUCAAGGACCUCUCCACGGCCAGCAGAUCCAGCACCUUGUCCAGUGCAGUGUCCUCUCUCUCCAGCACUGGGAUCUCUCUCAGCCGUAUGGACGACAAGACAGAGGACAACAGACUGCAGCAACACAAGGAGGACGGUCACAAGGUGAUCGACAUUCAGACGCCCAAUGUGUCACCCAGCGCCCAGUCAGUGGGCAGUGCCAACAGCAGCGGAGGGGCCGCGGAUCUCUUCUCCAACUCACCCAUCGUACCUGUCAACAACCAUGUGCCAAACUUGACCAGUGAGCUGUUCACCCCGCAGCUAAACUUCACCCCCAUCCAGACCACACACACUGUGCCCAACAAUAACAAUGCCUGGGGAGGUGACCUGCUGAAGCCAGCUCCACCCACUCAAAUUCACAGCCCAGGAGCCCCGUUGCACUCUGGGAAAAUGCUGCCCAAUGAUUUGGACUCCUCAUUAGCCAACCUUGUUGGCAACCUGCAGUUUGGGGGGACGCCAGCUAAAAAACCGGAGCUCCAGUGGAGCCAGCUGGUAGAGAAGAAGCCAACAGGAGGAAGUGGCUGGCAGUCAAAGACCAUGUGCACCAGCACCAACUGGACUCACACCACCCAUCCCAUGGCACCUGCACCCAUGCCCGUCCCUCAGAUGAAUGGGAUGAUCUAUACUGGCUAUGCUCCAGCACCAGUGGCUUUUCCUAUGACGACACCCCAAGUGCCUGUGUAUGGAAUGCUCCCCCCUCAGAUGACUCAUCAGAUGGGGGGCGUUCCCAUGAUGCCCCCACAGCCUGUCAUGUACAACCAGCCUGUCCUGAGACCUACCAAUCCCUUUGGACCCAUCCCGGGGACACAGAUGCACUUCAUGUAGGGAUGAUGUUGUAACCAUGGCAGCAAAGCUGAGAGAGAGAAGGCGAGAGGAAAGCGAUGGAGAGAGAGAGUCAAAGAAAACAAAUCCAGAACCAAAUCCAGUGCAGGAGGAAGAAAGAAGAGGACA